AUGUCUACCAACCCGGCUGAUGCAUACGCCCUCAAAAUAAAGCGGGAACGCGAGGAGAACCCUAUUCAAAUCGAUCGCUUGGAUAAGGCUGUUAUAGCAGGUUUGUCUCGACUGUGUGAAACCGGUGAGGCAGGCCGGCGUAUGAUGGAAGGCGCGUUCCGAUCGGAAAAAGCAUACUAUACCUACACCCCUGGCCAUGUACCAAAGCCCCUUGGCUUUGGUAAUUUUAAAGACGAGCCUGAUACAUGGUUUUAUCUGAGCGAAUUCCAUGACAUGAUCGAUGAGCUGCCUGACGUCCAGCAAUUCGUGGAUAUAGUCUCCGAAGUCCACCGUUCCAGUAUGGGGAAAUCGCCAACUGGCAAGUUCGGCUUCGCAGUUACGACACAUCUUGCCAACAUUCCGAACGAUAAUACCUGGCAGGAGAGCUGGGAAAUCUGGUACACUCAAGCGAUGAAAGCGAUGUAUGAGUUUGAGAAGCAAACUCAGGGCGAGGACGAAGAAUUGGAUGACCUCUUCGAUGAACUUUGCAGCAAAGUCAUACCACGGCUCCUUCGACCUUUGGAAACAGGUGGGUGCUCUAUUGAGCCUUGCUUGGUACACUCUGAUCUUUGGCCUGGCAACGUCAUGCCGGAUGCGGAUACAGGAGAUUUAAUGAUCUUCGAUUCUUGCGCCUACUGGGGCCAUAAUGAGGCUGAACUCGGGCCCUGGCGCGCUCGACGUUAUAGAUUGGGCAGGCGAUAUCUCGAGCAAUACCAGAAGGUCAUGGGCAUUUCUGAACCGCAUGCGGACUGGGACGACCGCAACGCCCUUUAUGCCUUACGUUAUGACUUCCUUGUGUCUGCCCUCUACCCUGGUGAGACCAAGUUCCGCCAGAUGUAG